UUGACAUUUUUGGUUUUGAUUUUGAUGUUUUUCCAAUAGGAUGGGUUGAAUUUUUAUCUAAUAUUAUUGUGUCGUCUAUAGUUAACAUGGGUCAGCUAUUAUACUUUAUUGCGUCUUUACAUGUAGUUAUAUGUCCAUUCACAAAAGUGGAAGAAAGUUUCAAUAUACAAGCCAUUCACGACAUUUUAUAUCAUCGACUUAACCUAUCACAGUAUGAUCAUAACGAGUUUCCUGGUGUGGUGCCUCGUACUUUCGUCGGGCCUUUAUUAAUAUCUGGUGCAGCAUCGCCGGCAGCCGCGAUAUUUCAUUUGACUGGAGUAAAUAAGUUUUGGAUGCAAUAUGUUGUGCGUCUUACCUUAGCAUUGUUCAUAGUAGCAGCAUGGAAGAGAUUGCGGGACACCCUGCAGAAGCAGUACGGCCACAGUUUUGCGUGGUGGUACACUGCCAUCACCAUCACACAGUACCAUUUCAUGUUCUACAUGAGCAGGCCACUCCCAAACAUCAUGGCUAUGCCAUUAGUGCUAUUAGCAUUUGAAGGAUGGUUAUCUGGGAAGUACAAACAAUUUAUAAUAUUGGCUGGAGCAUCCAUAAUAAUAUUCCGAUCAGAACUGGCUAUGUUAUUUGGAUUGUUUGUGCUGAUAGACCUGCAAGCGGGAAAACUGAAUAUACAGACAUUAUUAAAGGUGGCAAUACCGGCUGGCGCAGGGUUGGUGGCACUCACAGUGUGUGUGGAGUCCAUAUUCUGGGGACGGCUGCUGUGGCCCGAGGCAGAGGUGUUCUGGUACAACACUGUGCUCAACAAGAGCUCAGACUGGGGUACAUCCCCAUUCCUCUGGUACUUCUACUCAGCCCUCCCCCGGGGCCUCGGGCCGAGCCUGGCCCUGAUCCCCGUGGGUCUGUACCUGGACAAGCGCUUCGUACAGGUGGCGGCACCGGCGAUCACCUACAUACUGCUGUACUCCUUCCUGCCACAUAAGGAGCUGAGGUUCAUCAUUUAUGUGUUCCCGCUGCUUAACAUGGCGUCUGCUGCUGCGUGCUCUUAUAUCUACAUCAGAAGAUCGAAGGCUCCGAUCUUCGAGCUGAUGUUCUGGGGCGCCGUGGUGCUGAUUGUGGGCAACCUGGUGCUGUCCACCGCGCUGGUCUCUGUGGCCGUCAAGAACUACCCCGGUGGAGCUGCUAUACUCAAGUUCCACAAGAACGUCCGCGACGAGCCGUACGCUCACGUGCACAUCUGCAACCUGGCGGCGCAGACCGGCGUGACGCGCUUCACGCAGCUGCACGAGCCCGCCUGGCGCUACAGCAAGAACGAGUCUCUAACCACCGACCAGCUGAUGCCCUACACGCACCUCCUCGUCGAGGCCAAGAGCAAGUACUCCUCGCAACUCAAGGACUUCUCCAAAACACACGUGAUACUAGACAGCGCUGAAACAUUCUCGCACAUCACUAUAAAUACCAAGUUACUGCCGCCAGUCAAAAUCAAAACCAGACCGGCUAUAUUCCUGCUUGAGCGGAAAGACUUCAGGGAGUAUCCUAGAGGUCAUGUCAUUGAAAGCGAUGAGGCGAUGCCAGAUCAUGCGGAAGUAAAUCAAGCGUCGGCAGAGGAGGUAGUUACUGAAGCGCCGCAAGUAGAGCCAGAGCCUGAAUUGGUGAAAGAAAGCGAAGAAGUAUUAGAGGGAGUAGAAGAAACUUACGACGAACCAGAACAAACUGUGCAGGAAGAUUAUCAAGAAGUAGCUGAAGAAAUUAAACAGGACGAAGUGGAAGUGGUAGAACAAGAAUUGGAAGAGGAAAAGUUCGUAAACGAAAAUGAAAUCGAAGACGAUAUAACAGUCGAGGAAAAUGUAGAUAUUUCAUCAGAGAAAAUUAAGAAAGGCAAAAAGUAUCUCAAUGAAUUGAAGGCGUCAAGACAAGAAAAGAAAAAGAAAGCAAUUACUAAAAUAAAAUCUGAAACUCGUAAGGAAGUUGUGGCGUCAGCCAAAGAAAAGCUGAGAGAGUUGAUGCGGCGUCGUAAACAAAUGGCCGAGAAAGAAGUUGAAAAUGACUUUGCAGAACCCACUUUAGACAAAGUUGAAAUUGAUGGCAGAGGUGAUAUACCAGAAGAACAGGUAACAGAACCACCAAUAGAUGUAAAUGCGGCCGACGAAAUCGUUGAACAAAUAAAUAUAGAAGAAGCUCAAACACCCGAAGAUAUUGCUCAAACUAACCAAAACAUAGAUUCAAUAGUAGAAGAGGUUAUCGCUAGGCUUUUAGAUAGGAGAAUAUAUGAUGAUAAGACCAAGCCUGAAGACAUAAGCCUAGAGGACAGGCAUGUCAUACAACAAAUUGUUGAAGAAGUUAUAGUUGAAAGAAUGAAUAAAUCUGAAGUUUCAUAAAACAUAUCAUAGAUUGUUACUAGGUAUAUACUAAAGUGUUUGUAAUACGUAUUGUGAUCUCUCGAUAACUGCUGAAUCUUUGGCUUCACAGCAAACGGCUUGCCCAGUCAAAGAAUUGCACUUUCAAAGUGGUUUUCGACAAAGCCAAUCCGUUUAAAGCGCCAUUUAGACUGCCGGUUUGUCAUGUCCUUUGAAAGUAACUUGUGACUGUUUUCUUCCCCAAUGCUAUAAGCUCCCGAGUGCAAACAAAACAACCUAACCAAUGUUAAAGACCCCCGAUAUACCAACACAAAAAAUCGCAUAACUUUUGAACGGCUAAGCCGAUUUUUAUAAACUAUGGCAAAGAACACUCGGGUAGAAUUAUGAUCCGAACAAAAACAAAACAGAAAUCGAUUCGGCCGUUUGUGAACUACGCUGCCACAGACACGUUAAACUUAUAACACUCUUUUUUUCUCGGGGGUUAAUUAUUGUGUCUGAUAGAUAAUUUGUACAAUAAUACUAAUUAUACUUGUUUUGUUGUAUUCUAGCUCUAGCAUAUUUUGUAAACUUGCUUUUAAAGGUGUUGCAUUUUUUUACAGUUUAAUCAUUUUAAGGUUUCAUAUUUAAAUGUUAUUUGUAUUGUUGUAAUUAAAAUUUGUAUUAGACCAGGGUACCUAGGUUGUCUAGUCAAAAUUAUUACUGUUUUCAUGUGUUAUGGUAAUAAAUUAAAUCACCUACGACGGGUUA